AUGAUUGAUCUAUUCUCAAGUGAUUCUCCUAUUCCUUAAAAAAAUCAUAAAAAUGAUGAAAAUAUCUAAUGUAAAUGGAUGUAAUAACGUUUCUUAUUUACUCACAGCAAUUAUAAAUAAAUUGACUUUGAUAACAGUCAUACUACGUAACUUUUGAAAUAAUCUUGAAGGAAAUCUAUAUUUCCUAUCUCUUCAUAAGAAGAAAUAAGGAUUCCAAGUGCAAAAAUUGAAAAUAAAGAAUUCUAAGAUCCCUUAGUUUAAAUUUCAUAUGAUUAAUCCUAGAUUGAAAAAAAUGAAUUCUCACUAUCUUUCUAAUCAUAAAAGAAUCAAAUCACAUUAAAUCUAUUGAUUGUUGGACAAUGUGGAACUGGAAAAACUACUUUUGUUAAUGUUUUACUAAAUAAAGUAAAAUUCUUAAAAAAACUAUUUAUUUAGAAACCAAUAACAAGAUUAUUUUAGGGAAAUGUAUAUGAAAGUAAUCAAGUUUAAGAAUCAAUGGGUGUAAUAGAAUAUGAUAAUUAAAUUGUUUAUUUAAACAUUUUCGAUACAAUAGGUUUUAAAAAAAAUGACUAAAAAGAAUGGUUUAAGAAUAUUAGACAUUUAAUAGAUUAAAAGGUAUUUAACAAUCUUUAUUUAAGUUUAAAACAUAAAUUCGAAGAAAUAAGUAUGCUUAUCUAAAUAAAACACUAUAUUCUUAAAUGUCAAAUUUAGUAAAUGACGAAAGAGUAAGCUAUUCUUCAAAAUAUUCUAUAGAUCCAUUUAUGUCUUUACUUUCUAAGUGGACCUGCUUUCUUUAAUGAGGAUAUCUAAUAUUUACAAAAGUUAUCUAAUUUAGUAAAUGUAAUUCCAAUCAUAGCCAGAGGUGAUUAAUAUACAAAAUCUGAAGUUCUUGAAUUAAAAUAAAGAUACAAUAAGAUUUUCAAAGAAUUCAAUAUAGAUUUAUAUGAUUGUCUCAAAAUUAAUGAUGAAUCAUUUAAAUAAUAACUUAUUAAAGGAGAGUUCGGAUAAUGUUCCCCUUUCAUGGUUAUUGCAUCUACAUAUGAAUAUUACAAUGAAUAAGGCAAAAAGAUUUAAGGAAGACAAUAUCCUUGGGGAUAAUGUGAUCUAUGGAAUCCUUAACAUUCAGAUUUCUUAUUGCUCUAUAAAUCAUUAAUUGGAUAUUACAUAUAUGACUUAAUUAAGCUUACUGAUUUCUAUCAACAUAGCUUUAUUAAAAGAAAACAAGAAACUCAGAAAAAGAACAAAAGUCGUAUGAGUUUUUUAAACUAAAUAUUAGUUCAUAUCAAUUAAAUAUUAUAUUUAAUUGAUUGA